GUAGUCUUGAUGGUGGAGACCGAAGAAAAGAACACAGGCUACAGAAGUGGUAUACCACUGCCGGGCUGGCCGUGCACACCCACAACAACAGGACAAGUAUAUACUGGGGUGAAGUUAAAUCAGGAAAAGUGAAGCAAGUUGACCUCCACCUUGAACCCCAUCAAGAACAGCUGCUAUCUCAGCAUGAAGGACCUAUCAGAGACAUCAAGAUCUUUUUACCAGAGUUCACAGCCACCCAGCACUACUCAGUGUGAAGCAGCCCCCUGUUCCCAUUUCUGUCUGCCAGUUGGACAACCCGGGGAUGCUGAAGGCUAUCGCUGCGAGUGUCCGGAUACGACCAGUCUGAAUCCUGACGGUCAUAGCUGCAGUACAGAAGCCAACGGACAGAAAUCAAAAAGUGUGACAAGAAGGACCUGCGAUCCGGCAGGCUUCAGCUGUCUGAAGGGAGCCAGACGCUGCGUUGGUUUCAAGACUGUAUGUGACAACCGCAGUAAUUGUGACGACAAUUCGGACGAACAUUUAUUGUGCAAUGCUACUUACCUGAUGUCUGUUGAGAGCGGCCUCAUCAAACGUGUCAAUGUGAUGGACAACUUCAGCACGUUCAUCGUGUCCGGGGAAAGUAUAGGGAAUGCACGCGGGAUCGGUGUGGACACACGCAGAAAACAACUUUACUUAACCACAAAGUUUUCCAUUGUACGCGCCGACUUAACAGACUCGCUCGAGAUAGAGAGUACUACAGCAGUCCUUGAGGACACGUCUGUACACGUGGGCGACCUGUCCGUCGACUGGCUCCAUCAGCUGCUCUUCUGGAUUGAUACGCUAUACAACAAAGUAUCUGCAACAACCAUGGACGGAAGUGCCUCCAAGGUUGUCUACACUGGAGGAAACCUCAACGCCAUUGCAGUAGAUCCAUUCCAAGGUGUUUUCUUUCUGGCUGACAACACAUGGAAGUCGAGAAUAUACAAGUGUGGUAUGAAUGGAGAAGGCCGGACAGUUUUGGUUGACGACAUGGCCAACAUCGGCAGUCUAACAAUUGAUUUCAAAACCAACAAGGUUUACUGGACAGAUCUCACCAUCAACGCGUUAAUGGCAAUGCACAGCAGUGGUUUCAGCGGACUGGACGUGUACAGAGACCCACAACAAGGAGACAUGACUGGUCUUGCCUGGUCCCAGAACUGGAUAUACGUCUCUGACUUUGGAAAGAACACUGUUAGGAGAUUCGUACGGAAGAGGUGGGAGGACGUACGCCCGAAGGCUGAUGGCCCCACAGACAUUGCCGUCCUUGAUGUUACUUCGCAGCCACUCGUCCAGAAUGCUGAUAAGAAGAUGAAACGGAUGCGGUUUCGGAACAGAUCGUUUAACAUAAACGGAGCAAGACAGUUGGUAAACAGCCUCACUUACACCUAUUCCAAAGAAAUACUGUUGGUUCUGGGUAAGCAUUACAUAACCAAAGUAGACCUCAACACCCUGGAACACGGAGAGUUUGACAGGGCAUCAUGCGAAAUCACUCCAUACGGGUCGCCCUCCACACCGGUUUCCAUUGAUUUUGACAUCCGAAGUAAAGCGCUCUACUGGACGGAUCCCGGUUUGAAGGGCAUUUACAUGUCAAGGUUUAAGGAUAAUAUGGAUAUAGAGCCAGUUGAGGCUUUGUUCCGAACUGACGUGGAUAAGCCAGAAGGACUCGCGGUGGACUGGGUUGACCAAAAUGUUUACUGGUCAGAUACUGGCCACCACGUCAUUAUAGCUGCCUCACUAAAGACGCGCGCAAAGACCACUCUGCUGGACUCUGGGUUGGGGACUGUCCGAGGAAUAGCGGUACAUCCACAAGAAGGGCUGCUCUACUGGACAAACUGGGGCGAGUACAUGGCCUCUAGGGUGGAGAGAUGUGAUCUGGAUGGCUCCCAUAGAAUUUCAAUCAUAACAUCAGGACUUCAAACGCCCAAUGGACUUGCAAUAGAUUACAAGGAACGCCGGCUGUUUGUUGGAGACGCCAAGAGAAACCUGAUCAUGAGUUGUAGUAUGGUGGGCAGAGACUGCUACACACUACAGACCAGUGCACAUCGGGAAGAUCUUGUCUCCCUGGCAGUAUAUCAUAACUACGUGUACUGGGCGGACCUGAGGCGCGAGGAAGUCAUGAGGAUGUACAAACAAUCAGGAGGAGACAAGCUUAUGGCUCUCGGCAGCGCUGUUGAUCCACAUAGUGUGAAGCCGUUCCAUCCUGAUAUGCAACCAGAAGGGAAACCCGCGUGUGGGCCGGAUAACGGAGGCUGUCUAAUCUGUCUCCCAACUGUCAGGAAUGGCUCGAGACACAGCUUCCGGUGCGCAUGUCCAGAUGGACUGUCCCUUGGUGACGAUAAAGAAGACCUGUCGUACGCCAAAGGCAUGUAAAGCCGGAUACGAAGCCGUGGAGGGUGGCUGUAAGGAUGUGGACGAGUGCAGCCAGCCGGGUUCCUGCUCCCACACCUGCCACAACACACCGGGAAGCUUUACUUGCACCUGUCGCCAUGGAUUCAUCCUCGUCAACGGAACUCGGUGUCGACAUGAAGCGCAAGGUCCUGCUCCCGCCUUACUUGUCGUGGACUGGCGAGGAGCUC